CUCAAAACAAGCUCACUCUGGCCUUAAGGGAAAGCAACUUGCAUGGGUCGGCUAUUUCCUCCGUUCUUGCAAUCGACGGCAACUCUGCACGAGCCACUGUCUCUUCCUUCGCCAUUCACCCACCACCACGCAGCUCCGACCUGAACCUGUGAUUUCACAUUCACAACAAGUCUCAAAGUUCGAAACCAUGAGGCUUCGUUCUGGAACUGUCGCGUCGGCCGCGAAGGAAGACCUAUCUUCCCCAGAGCCGUCAGAGCUCAUUCUGCGGCGUUCGACACGCAUUCAGCGGUCACAAUCGGCGAGACCAUCACAAACUCCCAAGCCGUCAAGAAAACCGAAGACGACCAGUUCAGCGAGCGAUCCCACCCCUCAGACCUCGCGAGGAAGGCCUCCUACCAGGUCUUCUGGCCCACGGCUACAGCGGGUCUCUACUCUCGAAAGCCAGCGGUCACUAACCUACACCCCUACACGUCGUGCCUCUACGGGCAGCGCUCCAAAGGAGCUUGCGGAGAGUUCCGCCAACAGUCCAGGCGUGCCUUCACAGCUUGUGCCUGCGGACCCAGCCAUGCACUUGGGGACGGCCUUAGCGACCUCUUCUGAGCAAUCAUUCCAGGAUUUGGAGUCCCUCCAUUCUGGAUCCCCUAUUUCCGGCAUCGCUCAGACACUUUCAGUUUUCCAGCAUUCUUCUGGCCCUUACAUAGAGGAGAAUGAUCAACAACUGUCCGUACCAUCAUCUGUCUCGAUGUCUAUCAGUAGCGGAUCCGAACCUCCCCUGCGUGCCGAUGUGUCUUAG